AAGAAGAAGAGAGGAACAGGAGGACAGAAGAAGAGAAGAGGACAAAGUUCCUCUUCUCCUCCACCUGCGGCUCGUGUCUCUGUCCUGAUCCCGGAUCAGCUGCAGGAUGUCGGACUCUGCCUCCAGUUUCCUUCAUAUCGGAGACAUCGUGUCUCUUUAUGCAGAAGGAUCUGUCAAUGGCUUCAUCAGCACCCUGGGGUUGGUAGAUGACCGCUGUGUGGUCGAACCCGGCGCCGGAGAUUUGGAGAAUCCUCCAAAGAAGUUCAGAGACUGUCUGUUCAAGGUUUGUCCCAUGAGUCGGUACUCGGCUCAGAAACAGUUCUGGAAAGCCAAACAAGCCAAACAUGAGAAGGACAAGAUCGCUGACGUGGUCCUGCUGCAGAAACUACAG